AUGGAACAUAUUGAGGUUUGCAUCAAGAUGAACUCUGCUGCAACAAUCUGUCCAAUUAAGAACAAGUUAGGAUAUGGGACAAUUGCAAGUAACUGGCCUGGGGAGAUUGUAGCAAGCUGGGCAACAUCAGAAGCAAGUGAAGGCAGCAAGGAUGCUGCAGAAGCUGAAGCUACUCAGGAACUGGAGAAGGACAUUCAUGGCCCAAAAGCAGACUCUCUUCCAGCAGAUAAAAGACUUGCCACAUUUGACAAAAUAUUUGCUGCAUAUAAUGAAGCCAGAAGCUGCAUUCGCAAUGAUUUGGCUAGUGCAGGAAAUUCUGAAAGCAUGAAAGAUGAUCUUAGUGGCCUUGAUAAAGCAAUUGGUGCUGUUUUAGGACAGCGAACCAUCGAAAGGAACCAGUUAUUGGUUAGCAUUGCUAUAAGCAAACUCAAUAAGGUCCGUGAUGAUAAGAAUGAAAAAGUUACCAAGCCUGAAGAGCUUGUCCGACUAUAUGACCUUUUGUUACAGAAUGCUGCUGAUCUUUCUGAUUUAGUUAGCUCUGGAAGAGAUAGAAAGCCAGAAGAGUUGGCUUUUGCUGAAGAGUGUUUCUAUUUAGCCAAAUCCUACAGUUUGGCUGGAAAGAGAACAGAAGCCUAUGCUUUGUACUGCAAAGUUCGCUUUCUAGCUGAUACAGCCCUUAAAGAGCUUCAAAAUUCGAAGACAGCUGAUCAGGCUGUGAUAAAGGAGUUGCAGACACUGCAAAAAGAAAGUAGAUCAAACAGCUGUAUAGAGCAUGCAAUAGCCAUCAUGGAGGAAGAGCAGGCUCCAGAAAAGCUAUCACAAAAGAUUUCAACUAUAUCAUUGACUGGAAAAGAUAAGAAGUUGGAGAAAUUUCUUAUGGACAACCUGGAUGUGUAUGAAUCAGCAGUGGAUGCCAGUGUCAAGUCAAUGUCACGUAUUGAGCGCUUCCCACCUUCAUUCCAGGCAGCUGCUCGGAGUCCAAUAGUUCUUGACCUGGCAUAUAAUCUAAUAGAAUGCCCAUCACUGGAGAACAGGACAAAGAAGGACAAGAAAAGCUUUUUAGGUAGACUUUGGAGAUGA